GCCGCCCGCCACCGCCGCCGCCGACGAGGUUGGCGGACUAGACGCAAUCCGUGGACGCCACCCCGAGCUGCCUAAUCCAACCACAAAGAACUAGGGUUGCGCUCCGUGCGCCUUCGGGGAUCGCGAUGGAGAACAGUGCCGUGGGCGAGAAGGGCCUGCCGGAGGCGGAGGAUCGGGGGAGCCAGGGCGGAGUCGCCGAGGAGGAAGUCGCUGCGGACCCGGCGGCCGCCGCGAAGGUGGGUGGUAGCGGCGAGAUCUUGGAUGCCAAAGAAGGGGACGGGGCCGAGGGGGUUGUGCCGGCGCAGGAGGGCGGUGGCGGUGAGGCUGUGGAGGUCAGGCAAAUGAACGCUGACGGCGAGGUGGCGGUGUCCGAUGUGGACUCGAACGAGGCCAACAUGGAUCCAUCGGCCGGCCAAGAUCACCAGGCUGCCCAGAACGGCGCAGCGCCGGAGGACGGGCCACCGGCGGCGGCCGUGGAGUCUGAUGAGGACGCCGAUCUGUUUGUGGAGGUAGAGCAGCACGAGCCAGCUGGUUCAGAUCAUAGCGAGGAGUUUUUUGAUAAUGCGGAGACUUUGGUGACCGGAGAAUCUGUCGCCAUUGAGGGUGAGGUAAUUGAGGAUGGUAUGCAUACUGAGAUUGGUGUUGAGGAUGACGAUGCCCAUGAUGAGCAUCGGGAGCGCUUAGAGGAGGCAGCCAUGUUGGAGGCAAUCAGGCAGUGUGUGACAGAUGCUGUUCUGGCUGAACAUCUCCCAGAUCAUCCUGAGAGGGGCAGUGAAGAUGUUCCUGGCUCUGAUAGCAAUCCUGAGCUCCCCACUAAUUCUAGUGAACCGGAACAUGUUAAAGAAGCUACCUUGGUUGAUCAGAGCAAAGAGCAGCCAGAAGAUGGCAAGGGAGAUAUUGCUGCCCGUGAUACCAAGCUUGAGGUGCCUACACAAUCUGGAGGUGAAGCUGAUGUGGUGAUCGAGGAAUUGGAUGACUCAAACUCCUCUGAUGAUGAGAAUAAAGCUAGCUCUGCUCCUGCACAAUCCUCUAGUGCCGCUGAAGGCCAGACCAAUGCCCCCUCUUUGCUGGCUCGUCCUGCUGGCCUUGGAUCAUCGACUUCCCUGCUGCAACCUCCUGCCCGACCUGUUCAGCAGGUCCGUGCUAAUGGUCCAGUCGCUGUGGACAGGGAUGCUCGGCAGGAUACUGAAUCUGCUGGGGAUGAUGGAGAUGAGAAUGAUGAAAUCCGUGAUAAGCUCCAGAUGAUCCGUGUUAAGUUUUUGCGUCUUGCAAACAGGUUUGGGCAAACGCCUCACAAUAUGGUGGUCUCACAGGUCCUUUACCGGCUCGGGCUGGCAGAACAGAUUAGAAGAAAUGGUCGUGGCGUUUUUAGCUAUGACAGGGCACAGGAUAUGGCAGAACGUCUUGAAGCUGCUAAUGAGCCCCUUGAUUUGUCUUGCACUAUCUUGGUUCUUGGUAAAUCUGGGGUUGGUAAAAGUGCUACUAUCAAUUCGAUUUUUGAUGAUGUCAAGCUAGACACUGAUGCUUUUGAAUCGAGCACUAGAAAAGUUCAAGAAGUAGUUGGUACGGUUGAGGGAAUCAAAGUAAAAGUGAUUGAUACACCUGGCCUUUCAAGCUCAUCUUCAGACCAGCACUACAAUCAGAAGGUUCUCAAUUCUGUGAAGAAACUUGUCAGCAAAAACCCUCCUGAUAUUGUUCUUUAUUUUGACCGGCUGGAUAUGCAGAGUAGGGACUAUGGUGAUGUCCCUCUGCUGCAGUCCAUCAGCAAAGUGUUUGGAGCCUCGGUCUGGUUCAAUGCGAUAGUCGUGUUAACUCAUGCUGCAUCUGCACCACCGGAUGGGCCAAAUGGAAUUCCUCUUAGCUAUGAGAUGUUUGUCACCCAGAGGUCCCAUGUAGUCCAGCAAGCAAUAAGGCAAGCAGCUAGUGAUGUUCGUCUCAUGAAUCCAGUCGCUCUGGUGGAAAAUCACUCAGCUUGCAGGACAAAUAGGGCAGGCCAGAGAGUGUUGCCAAAUGGACAAGUCUGGAAGCCACAGCUGCUAUUACUCUGCUUUGCUUCAAAGGUCUUAGCAGAGGCCAAUUCGUUUCUGAAGUUGCAGGAUAGUCCCGCUGGUAAACCUUCUAGUACGAGGAUUCCUCCACUUCCUUUCCUCCUCUCUUCACUUCUUCAGUCCCGAGCCCCGCUGAAGUUGCCAGAGGAGCAGUAUGGAGACGAUGACGAUAUUGAAGAUGAUUUAGUAGAUGGUUAUGGUUCAGAUGAUGGCUCAGACUAUGACGACUUGCCUCCCUUUAAGCGCCUCACGAAGGCUCAACUUUCAAAGCUCAACCAUGCACAGAGGAAGGCAUAUCUUGAGGAGCUAGACUAUAGAGAGAAGCUAUUCUACAAAAAACAGCUGAAAGAGGAAAGUAUGCGUCGUAAAAUAAUGAAGAAGAUGGCAGUAGAGGCCAAGGAUCGAGUAGAUGAUUUCAGUAACAACAAUGUUGAGGAUGAUGGCAGUACUCCGACCAAUGUUGCUGUGCCUAUGCCUGACAUGGUAUUGCCCUCAACUUUUGAUUCUGACUAUCCUAGCCAUCGCUAUCGUUUUCUGGAUACACCAAGUGAAUGGCUUGUCAGGCCUGUCUUGGAGACGCAGGGCUGGGAUCAUGAUGUUGGUUAUGAAGGUCUGAAUGUUGAAAGGCUAUUUGCUGUCAAAGGUAAAGUCCCUUUAUCUGUAUCUGGCCAGCUGACAAAAGACAAGAAGGAGAGCUCCCUCCAAAUGGAGGUUGCGAGUUCUAUUAAGCAUGGCGAGGGUAAAACUACUUCAGUCGGACUUGAUAUGCAGUCCGUUGGUAAGGACAUGGCGUACACUGUUCGUGGUGAGUCGAGAUUUAAGAACUUCAGGCGCAAUAACACGGCUGCUGGGAUAUCUGCAACACUCCUGGGAGACUCUGUCUCAGCUGGUGUGAAGAUUGAAGACAAACUGAUAGUCAACAAGCAGCUGAGGCUUCUGGUAAGUGGCGGUGCUAUGAGCGGGAGACGUGAUGCAGCUUAUGGUGGCCGUCUCGAAGCAAUACUAAGAGACAAAGAUUACCCAAUAGGGCGCAUGCUUUCUACUCUCGCGAUUUCGGUCGUGGAUUGGCAUGGAGAUCUGGCAGUUGGGUGCAACGCCCAGUCCCAGAUUCCUGCUGGAAGAUCUAGCAACUUGAUUGGCAGUGUGAAUCUGAGCAAUAAGGGGACCGGGCAAGUCAGUAUCCGCCUGAACAGCUCGGAACAUCUACAGAUCGCACUUCUCGCCCUGGUGCCUAUAUAUAAGAACGUCAGGAAGUUACUGGAUAGCUACUAUGAAUCUAUCUAGUACAGUAGGAAGAUAGACAGCCAUAAGAUCCUUAGGGUUAAUCGAAUCAUAAAAUGGAACUCUCCAUAUGUUUAUUUAUUUUUCUAAUCUUUGUCAGCUUUGUAACAAAAUUCUAUUUUCCCGAGCUCUGCUCGGUGAGGUUAAAUUUUGGGAUGCAUC